AUGUAUUAUGGUUGGGAAGAGGAACAACCAACUGAUACCAUUCCAUUUGAAAAAUUGAUUUCUAGAAAGUUAAAAUCUACCUUUUUAUAUUAUUGUUCAAUUUUGGAAGAUGAUACACAUCAAGAUGAUGAUGAUGGAUCACAUCAUUUAUCCGAUUUACGAAAACCUCUAUCUCAAGAUCAUUAUUAUUUAUUAAAUGUUUUAAAAUCGAAUAAGGAAUUUGGUAAAACAUUGAUAGAUUCAAAGUUUUAUGAAAAUAUGGAUUUGGUUAAAGGAAAAGAGAAUAGAUAUGAAUAUUUGAUGAGAGCAAUUGAUUCAGCUCCAUUUGACAAUAGAUUCUAUCAAAUUGAUAGAAUUGGAAAGGUUAAUUUGAAUUCGCCAUUGGAUAGUCUACAAGCAACUCGCGAAAACUAUGCAUUGAUCAAAAAUAGAAUCUUGAUGAAAAGGUCGAAUAUUCCAAGUUUCAAACUAAAAGCAGAGAAAUUUCCUUCUUCCUCCUCUCAACAAUCUUAA